AUGAGUUCCAUUGUAGCAUAUUCAGAAAAAGACCAAGAGAUUUACAAAGUGAAAAAAGGUGUCUAUCAGAACGACUGGGACGAUUCGAUUAAGAGUUACAAAUUUUUUGAAAACGAGUUGUGUUUCCAUGAUAGCAUUCUAGUUCGUGGAAAUAAAAUUGUAAUACCACAGCAACUCUGCGAGAGUGUAUUAGAUGCUGCAUACGAGGGUCAUCCAGGUAUCGUAGCGAUGAAAGGACGCUUGAGAUCAAAGGUAUGGUGGCCCCGUAUCGAUAAAGACGUAGAACAAUUAGUAAAGGCCUGUAAAGGUUUUACGUUAGUGGGUUUGCCAAACCCAACUGCACCAAUGAAGAGACGAGAGUUGCCUGCAGCUCCAUGGAUAGAUGUCACAAUGGAUCUAAUGGAAACAUUGCCAAGUAACGAGUAUCUGUUAGUAGUGGUCGACUACUUUAGUCGAUACAAAGAAGUAAACAAUUACAAAAACAUCACAAGUUUACAGAUUAUUAAAAUGGUAAAAGAAAUGUUCAGUUGA